UCUUCCGUUUAAAUAGAUAAAAGCACUUUCCCCACAUGCAACAAUAAUUGAAGUUCUCAUCCUAAUUUAUCAGAAGGCAAUAAAAAUUAAUACCAUUUUAGUCAUUCAGAGAGGUAUCCAUUUUUCUCUUGAUUACUUGCUAGCUAUCUUUUGUGUUUUGCACCUUUUCUUCAUCCAGUCAUAUUUGUGUUCUUUAAUGUUCUUUUUCUCAUAGUAUAUUUGUUGCAGUGAUCAGUUGCUUCUUCCCAACUCUCUACCAUUGAAAGCUUGCAGGUCAUAAUCGCAAAGGCAAACGUGAAUAUAGUAGAUAUGGCUCAUGCAAGUGUGGCUUUUCUUAAGUGAACAAUAGAAUCGCUCUUGAAAUCCAAUUCGACGAUGCAAUCUCUAAUUGUGAAUAAUGAAGAAUUUUGCACUCUUCAUGAAAAAGUUAUGUCCCUGGAAGCAUUUCUCAAGAACUUUGAGAAAAACAAUGUUUCUGGGGGAAAUGACGGAUUUUGAAGUAGAGUAAAAGAAGUUGCAAAUGUUAUUGAACAAACAAUUCAACUAGGAGUAACUGAAGUUGUAUUGGCAAAUGAUGAAAAUCUGAGAGAAAAGUCACAAGAGAGGCUUUUUGAUAGCCUGCAACAAGUAGCAGAGGACGUUGAUCAUAUCUGGAAAGAGUUCAAAAAGAUUCAAGAUAAAGGCAAACAUGCAUCAAAGGAAUCAAUGGUUCAAUAGUUUCCAAGCUCGUCAAAAGAUAAUAUUGAGAACAAUAUGGUUGGACGUGAUGAUCAAAGGGAACGGUUGGUAGAGCAUCUGACUACAGGCUACUCUGGUGAACCCAAAGUCAUCCCGAUUGUCGGGAUGGGAGGCAUAGGUAAGACAACCUUAGCGAACGAAGUUUACAGCGAUACAUGCAUUCGUUCUCAUUUUGAUGUUUGUGCCUGGGCUACUAUUUCUCAACAACACAAUGUAAAGGAAAUCUUGUUGAGCCUUCUGCGUUCUACAAAGGUUGACAAAGUUUUCUCGGAAAGUGAGGCAGAGCUGGCAAACAUGCUACAAAAGAGUUUAAAGGGUAAGAGAUAUUUAAUUGUAUUGGAUGACAUCUGGAAAACUGAAGCAUGGGAUGCCGUGAGACAAUGUUUUCCUCGUGAAAACAAGGGGAGUGGAAUAUUGUUGACGACCCCUAACACUGAAGUAGCGCGCUAUGCUGGUACAAAGAAUUCAUUGCCGAUGAGGUUCAUGGAUCAAGAUGAGAGUUUGAACCUUUUCAGAAGUGUAGCAUUUUCAAGUGAAGAAUUACCAUCUGAAUUGGAGACUAUUGGGAAGCAAAUCGUAGAUGAAUGUCACGGGUUACCACUAACUAUUGUCAUGGUUGCUGGACUUCUCAAAUCAAAAAGGGCAAUAGAAGAUUGGGAAAGUGUUUCUAAAGAUGUCAAGUCAUUCGUCACGAAUGAUCCUGAUGAACGAUGUUCACGUGUGCUUGGGUUGAGUUACGAUCACUUGACAAGCGAUCUAAAGGCAUGUCUUCUGCAUUUCGGAAUUUUUUGAAAAGACAG